AUGGAAAACAAAAAUUUUAUACAAAAUAUAUUUAAUUGCCCCAUAUGCCCAUACUUUAGUAGGAAUUCUGUUUCACACUCCUUUAUUUCAGCAUUAGAUCAAUGCAAGAUACACCCUGCUAUUUUGAGAUUGGGAAUGAGAAUGAAAGACAGGAAAAUAAUUGGUACAAAUAUGAGAAGUAAAUGCUUGUUAAUUGCAAUAGGGCAAAUGCUUGAAGAUUAUUACUGCCCCCCAUAUAAAAGCAUCGAAAAGCAUCUAAAGAUGGUUCUAGACACGCACAUUUCAUAUAUAACAUCACAGAGACAGCACAAUAUUGCUAUGGGGAACGUGAUUAAAUGGCUAAAAAAACAAGUAUGUAAUAUCAAUCCAUCACUUCCUCCAAGUGAAAUAAUAAACCAGCUUAUUUCUUGUAUAAAAACUUAUAUUUACCAAAGAAUCGUAAAUGCAUGUGAAAGGAUUUCAUACGUAGUUUCAAAUAAAUACAUUACAGAUGGUGAUAUAAUAGUUACAUAUUCAAACUCUAGUUCUGUAGUUAAAUCUCUGUUUAAAGCUGCAGAAAUGAAUAAGAACUUUCAACUAAUUGUCGUAGAUUCAAAGAACAACCUUGAUUCGAGUAGUCAAGAUAUUACAAAAGAAUUAUCCUUAAAGGGGAUCAAAAUAACAUAUACAUUACUAAAUUGUUUAGCUUAUCAUUUAAGAUAUGCAACCAAAGUCAUCAUUGGUUCAUGCGCCAUCUUUUCUAACGGAUAUGUAAUGAAUCGCUCGGGAUCGUCGCUUGUAGCAAUGCUUGCGAAGAUACAUCACAUUCCCGUAAUGAUCGUUUCGGAAUCCUAUAAGUUAUGCGAGAAAAAUUAUUUUGAGCACUCAACCGUUUUUAACGAAGUCGUUGAACAAGAAAUAUCUAAUAAUUUGACACAUUUUCCGGAGCAUUCGAGCGAAAUUUCACCUAAACCACAUACAGUUGCGUUUAUUCCUUGCUACGAUGUAAUUCCACCUAAAUUCAUUGAUGCGAUUGUUACGGAAGAUGGCAUUUUUUCAGCUGAAUCAUUCUCGAUAAAAAACAGGAUCACAAAUUAG